AUGAUCGCUACCAAGCAGUUCGGUCAGGCCGUCCUCGGCGCCAAGGCCGCCCAGGCUCCCCGCCAGGUGCGCGCUGCCGCUGGCGGGCCCCGCAGCACCAAGGGGUGGCUCGGCGGCGAAGGUGGUGCCGACACCGACCUGGACAAGUGGUACGGCCCUGACCGCGCCCUCUUCCUGCCCUCGGGCCUCCUCGACCGCGAGGACGUCCCGGCCUACCUCACCGGCGAGCUCGCCGGCGACUACGGCUACGACCCUCUCGGCCUGGGCAAGGACGCCGAGGGCGUGCGCAAGUACCGGGAGGCCGAGCUCAUCCACGCGCGCUGGGCCAUGCUCGCCGCGGCGGGCAUGAUCAUCCCGGAGGGCCUCGAGGCCAACGGCGCGGAGAUCACGGGCGGCACCUGGUUCGAGACGGGGGCGAAGAUGCUCAACGGCGGCACGCUCGACUGGUUCGCGGUGCCGUGGGGCAUCGUGCACAACCCCCUGCCCCUCGUCGCGGUCAUCGUGAUCGAGGUCGUGCUGAUGGGCGCGGUCGAGAAGUUCCGCCGCGACGGCACCGGCCCGGCCGGCUACGCGCCCGGCGUGGGCAAGUUCGACUCGGACGUGUUCGACGGCCUGGACUCGCUGAACCCCGGCGGUCCGUUCGACCCCCUGGGCCUCGCGGACGACCCGGAGGUGUUCGCGGAGCUCAAGGUCAAGGAGAUCAAGAACGGCCGCCUGGCGAUGGUGUCGGUGCUGGGCUUUGCCGUGCAGGCUGCGGUGACGGGCGAGGGCCCGUACGCCAACUGGUCGAAGCACGUCGCGGACCCCUUCGGCUACAACCUGCUGACGGUGAUCGGCAAGGGCGAGGACCGCGUGCCCACGCUCUAA